GUACGCUGCCAUCUUGUUGUGGAAACGAAGAGAGACGGAAAGCUCGUACAGAAACCCUGCACUGUCAGUUAAGCAGACCUUGAAGAAAGAAUGGCAGAAACCCAGACACUCAACUUUGGACCAGAAUGGCUUAGGGCUCUUUCCGGAGGUGGGAGUGUCACCUCCCCUCCACUCUCACCAGCAUUGCCAAAGUAUAAACUUGCAGAUUACCGUUAUGGGAGAGAAGAAAUGUUAGCACUUUAUGUAAAGGAUAAUAAGAUUCCUCUAGACCUACAAGAUAAAGAAUUUCUGCCAAUUUUACAAGAGGAGCCCCUGCCACCGCUGGCGCUUGUUCCUUUUACAGAAGAAGAACAGAGAAAUUUCUCCAUGUCUGUAAACAGUGCAGCCGUGCUGCGGCUAACGGGAAGAGGAGGGGGAACAGUGGCAGGGGCGUCAAGAGGUAGAAGUUCCUCUAGGGGUCGAGGUCGAGGUCGAGGUGAUGGCGGCUUUUACCAAAGAAGCUUUGACGAUGUGGAGGGUGGAUUUGGUCGCGGGGCAAGAGAGAUGCAUCGAUCUCAGAGCUGGGAAGAGAGGGGAGACAGAAGGUUUGAAAAGCCAGGUCGAAAAGAAGCAGAGGCUGCCCCGACCCACUUUCAGUUGAAUCACAUACGGUCCAACUACGAAGAGGGCGGGACAGGAGUGGCCAGGAAGCACGAGUUCACGCGUUCGGAGAGCGAGAACUGGCGCGUGUCCCGUGAGGAGCAGAACGGUGAGGACGAUGAGGGGGGCUGGCGGCUGGCGGGUUCGAGACGGGACAGCGACCGGUGGCGCCCUCACAGCCCAGACGGCUCUCGCUCGUCGGGCUGGCGGGAGCACCCGGACCAGCGGCGACGCUUCCCCUUCGACUCCCGCGAAGAGGACAGGGGCUACCGGAGGGCGCGUCUGGGCAGCGGCGGCCAGGACGAGGAGCGGGACAGCCUGCCCGAGUGGUGCCUGGAGGACGCCGAGGAGGAGAUGGGCACCUUCGACUCCUCCGGGGCCUUCCUCUCUCUCAAGAAGACUCCUAAGGAGCCUAUCUUGGAGGAGGCGGAGCUGGACUUCCGGCCAUCGGAGGAGUGCGAGGAGCACAUGGAAAAAGGGGACAGUGAACCAGAUGAGACCAAAGAGGCAGAGGCACCAGUCCAGAAGGAGGACAGGGAGGAGGAUUCGGGAAAAUCGGAAGAGAAAGUGGCGUCUGCUCCUCCCCCCCCGGCCCUGUGCCUGGCUGAACCGCAGGUCCACGUGCCCCCACCUGCCUGCCAGCCAGAGAGGGUGGAGACGCCCCCAGAGAGGGUGGACAGACCCCCGGCCCCCGAGGUGCAGCCGGAGCCCAGCAAAGUGCCACACCCCGCUGCCGUACCUGCCAACCUGGUGGAGGGUCCCCCUCUUGUCCACACUCCCUCUCUUCUCCCAGAAAUGUCUGCCCCUCCCCCUGUAACGCAACAGAAAUCUCCGGAUAUACCCAUGGCGGUUCCGGCGGCGCCCCUCCCCUUCCCAGCAGGCAUUGCUUCAGGCGGCGGGCCAGGAGCCGCGCUGCCCUUGGAUAUGGAUGACGAUGAGGGACUGAAGCACUUCGAGCAGGAGGCGGAGAAGAUGGUGGCGUACCUCCAGGACAAUGCCGUGGAGGAAGACAGGCUGACAGCCAAGAUGGUGGAGCGGCCAAAGCCCACAUCUCUCCCUCUAUCCCAUGAGGCAGCGCUCAAGUGGUUCUACAAGGAUCCACAGGGAGACAUUCAAGGUCCCUUCACAAACCAGGAGAUGGUGGAGUGGUUCCAGGCGGGGUAUUUCACCAUGAGGUUGCUGGUGAAGCGAGGCUGUGACGAGCUCUUCCAGCCCCUGGGCGAGAUCAUUAAGAUGUGGGGGCGGGUUCCCUUCACACCUGGCCCCUCCCCGCCACCCCUUCUGGGGGAUGUGGACCACGAAAGGCUGAAAAGGCAGCAGGAGCUCACAGCCCUCAACCUGUAUCAGCUACAGCAGGUCCAGUACCAGUACCUCCUCAGACAGCAGUAUGCCCAGGCGUUGGCCCAGCAGCAGAAGGCCGCUGCCCUGAGCACCCCACAGCAACAGCAGCAGCACCAGCAGCAGAUCAGCCUCCUGCUGCAGCAGUACCAGGCCCUCAAGAUGAGAAUGGCAGAACCGCCUGUGACCCGGUCCAUGUCCGUUCCCGACGCGGGUUCUGUGUGGGAAAUACAGAGCCCGUCCACGCAGCCCUCCGGUUCUGCCAGUGUCCCGCACGGGGGCCACAGCGCGUGGGAAACUGGCAGCGUGUGGGAUUUGCCCAUCGAUUCUUUGGCAACAGCGCCAACAAUCGAGCAGAUUCAACAACUGGAGAAGGCAAAAGCUGCUAAGCUGGAGCAGGACAGACGGGAAGCAGAGCUCCGGGCCAAGAGGGAGGAAGAGGAGCGGAAACGGCAGGAAGAGAUCCUGCGCAGACAGCAGGAGGAAGAGCAGAAACGCAGAGAGGAAGAGGAGCUGGCACGGCGCACCCAGGAGGAGGCCCUGCGGAGGCAGCGGGAGCUGGAGGCGGCCUUGCAGAGGCAGAAGGAGCAGGAGGAGGAGGAGAGGAGGCAAAGGGAAGAGCUGCUCCGGAAACAGGAGGAAGAGCGCAGAAAGCAGGAGGAGCUAGAGUUGCGGCGGAGGCUUGAGGAGGAGAAGCGCCUAGAGGAGGAAGCGGUGGCGGCAAAGCAGCGACUCCAGGAGGAGCAAAAGAGAAAGGAGCAGGAGCUCCAGAGGCAGCAGGAGCUCCAGAGGCAGCAGGAGCUCCAGAGGCAGCAGGAGCUUCAAAGGCAGCAGGAGCUUCAAAGGCAGCAGGAGCUUCAGAGACAGCAAGAGCUCCAAAGGCAACAGGAGCUUCAAAGACAGCAGGAGCUUCAGAGGCAGCAAGAGCUUCAAAGGCAGCAGGAGCUUCAGAGGCAGCAAGAGCUUCAAAGGCAGCAGGAGCUCCAGAGGCAGAGACAGCAGCAGCAGGAAGCCCUGCGUCGACUGCAGCAACAGCAGCAGCAGCAACAGCUCGCGCAGAUGAAGCUCCCGUCAUCCUCAAAGUGGGGCCAGCAGUCUGCCGCAGUGUCGACCACAGCCCAGAGCCCGCUGUCGCUGGCCGAGAUUCAGAAGCUGGAGGAGGAGAGGGAACGGCAGGCCCGGGAGGAGAGACGGCAGCAGCAGGAGCUGAUGAAAGUCCUCCAGCAGCAGCAGCAGCAACAGCAGCAGCAGCAGGCCAGACUCCUGGGCUGGGGCAGUGUGGCCAAGCAGCCGGCUGCCACUAAGUCCCUGCUGGAGAUCCAGCAGGAAGAGGCUCAGCAAAUGAAGCAGAGGCAGCAGCAGAAGAAAGAGCAGCAGUCGACAGGCUCCCAGCAGAACCGGGGCCAGAACCGCGCUAGCAGCGGCACUAACUCGGUGUGGGGGUCGGUCAGCUGCACCCCGCAGUGGAGCAACUCGGAGCUGGGCAGCAGUAUCUGGGGCAGCACAGACGCCAAGGACUCAAACAUCGGCUUCUGGGACGAAGCCGUGAAGGAGACCGCCCCGCCCCCUGCCAGAAACGCCAAGAAUAACAAAAGCAACGCCAAUCUCAGUAAUUCUUUGAGUGGACGGGCCAAUAAGAAGGUGGAGGAGGAGAAGAAGCUGCUGAAGCUGUUCCAGGGGGUGAACAAUAGUCAGGACGGCUUCACACAGUGGUGCGAGCAAACCCUGCACAAGCUCAACACGGCCAACAACCUGGACGUUCCUACUUUUGCUUCCUUUCUGAAAGAGGUGGAGUCUCCCUACGAAAUCCACGACUACGUCAGAGCCUACCUCGGAGACACGCCCGAGGCCAAGGAAUUCGCAAAGCACUUCCUGGAGCGUCGUGCCAAACAGAAAGCCAACCAGCAGCAGCUGCAGCGCCAGGUGCAGCAGCAACAGCAGCAGCAGCAGCAGCAGGAAUCCGUCUGGGGGGUGAAUCAAACUGGACUGUCAAUCUUUCAGUCAAAUCACAACAGUCUGCAGCAGUCCAGCUUCGAGACGGUGCAGUCUGGCAAAAAGAAGAAGAAGCAGAAGAUGGUACGCGCCGACCCCAGUCUGCUAGGUUUUUCAGUGAACGCAGCAUCGGAGCGGUUGAACAUGGGCGAAAUCGAGACAGUGGAGGACUUUUGAAGACCCUGUUAAUGCUGCCUACCCCACCAGUGACCAGUUUUGUUCAGAACAGCUACAGUUUUACCCUGUCACAGAUUAAAAAGCUGCAACCCUUUUUUUUUUUUUUUUUUUUCCCCCUUUUAUUUUUUUAUUCCAAGAAAGGGGGUAGAACCCAACACCCCCUCCAACCCGUACAGGAAACAGCCCACAUGAGUUCCACCCUGUGUCAGUGGCCAAGUGAUAAAAUAAUCAACUCGACAGUGUUGUGUGGCUCAGGGUAGGGGCUGGGAGGGGGCAGUAUGUCACGUGAGAGCGAAAGACCGGGGCAGCUGGACGUCCCAGGUACGAUUUGUCUGCUCUGCCUCUCACUGACUGAUUCUGCACGCCCAAGAAGGACAGUCCCUCUCCACUCACUUCUGGUGCUUGAAUCCUAAACUGACCUAACAAGGGAGGCAAGGUUUUGCCAUCUCACUUGGACUAUUUUGUGGGUGUGGGGGAGAAAGGUUCUUUAAAAAGUGAAAAGGAAAACAAAUAUAACCCCUCAUAUUUAUUUAAAGCUUUUGAUCUUCCCUCUUGUUUUUUUACACUCUCCUUCCCAUCUCUGCAGGGUGUUCAUGGGAACAUGAGCUAUGACUCUGUGAUCGAGGAUGUCCUGUUUUAAGGGCAUGUUCAAUAGUUCCAAUUAGUUACCCCUAUCUUGUAAAAUACUAGCCUGUUUAAAGAAUAAACUUUAAAUUCUGCAACUGUAUUAUAAAAUAUUGAAAUCAUUGUUUGAGUCCUACUUUUUUUAAUCUUUUAUUUCCAGAGGCACCCUCCUCGUAGGCGUUUCUACAGCUGCCUUGUGCCGUU